ACUUCAGGAGGGGAGCACACUGCCCCCGUGGCCCUCCCGUCUCCUCCCCCGGGGAAGGGGAGGGGGCUUCGGGGGCUGACCGGACCGUCCGCGGUGGCGGCGGCAGCUGCGGCGGCUGCGGCAGCGGCAGGAGGAGGGAGAGGAGGCGGCGCCCUGCGCCCUCCGGAGCGAGCCACGGCUCAGCUGGGAGGCCAAGCGGGCGGAGCCGCGGCCCUGGAGGCCCCGGGCCCCGGGAGGCUCAGUCCCUUGGGCCGGCUCCGCGCCGCCUCACGCUCCACGGCCGGACCGGGCCUCGGCUAAGGAUGUGAAACGGAUAUAAACAUAAAAAAAUCGUCCCUUUGCACACUCCAUCAUUGUCUGCUAGAAUGUUUCUAAUGAAUGCCCCUCCUGUGAUUGCUCUACAGUCAAAAUGGGAAUCAUUUGGACAGUCAGGGAGUUUUAGAUUUCCUGUGUGUUUCUCAGAAUCUGAAGAGGAUAUUGCUAGAGCAUCUGUAAGUGCAAAAGUUCAAAUGAUCAUAAACAACCUGCAAAGUGAGGAGGCUUCCUUGGGCAUGAACAAUGAGUACAUUAUGCAGAAAAAUCAAAGGGGAGGUAAAUACAAAGGAGCCAGAAUCGCAGCUGCUAAUACAAUUGUGCUUAAAGAGCACUCUACAUAUGCCAAAAGUGAAUUGUCUACUGAAUUUGACCACAUGGAAGAUGACUCCUCAGAGUUUGGACCUCUUGUAUUGGAAUCAGACAGUGAUGAUUCUGUGGACCGGGAGAUAGAGCAAGCAAUACAGGAAUAUCUAAAGGAGAAAAGCAACUCUAUUCAGUCAUCACCCAGCAGCAAUGCAUCUUGUUUUGGUACAACAGUUGGGAAUAACAGAGUCAAACAAGAAGAUCUCCCUCAGAACAAUGUGACCACUCACCUACCUCCUGUGAAAUGUAAAUCUGAUGUGAUAUCAGAAGCUGUCAUUUGUAAUCCCAAGAGAAUCCAUGAAAAGCCAAGAACUAGUUCUCCUCUUAGUGUAAGUAGUGAUGACUCUUUUGAGCAAAGCAUACAAGCUGAAAUAGAGCAGUUCCUAAAUGAGAAGAAGCAACAAGAAGUCCAUAAGUAUGGUAUCCCUUUGGAUAAAAGAACAGAGCAAAAAGAAGUCUUGGAGAAAGCAGUCUCUAAAUCCAGUAAAGAAUCCUUUGUCAAAUCAAAUCGCCAAGAUUUAAAGCAAGGAUGUAAAGAGCUAAUCUUCAAACAGUAUCCAGAAUUGGGGAAGACUAAUGUACAGCCCAAGUGCUUCAAGCCUAGAAUCAGCACAGAAUCUGAAAACUUUACUAAUAUAAGGCUGGCACUUCCUAAACUGGCAGGGUGCCAUCCUUUAGAAACAGCACAAAAUAAAGGUGUAGAGAAAAAGCAUUCCUGGGCAAAUAGAAGGGAACAAAGAAUCAAAAGUGCAGCUCUUGUAUAUGAGAUAUCUGAUUCAAGUAGUGAUGAUGGCAUUGAAGAAGCCAUUCAGAUGUACCAAUUGGAGAAAACGAGAAAGGAAGCCAGUUCUACAGUGGAUAAUAACCUAUUGCAAAAAACACAGCCCCGAAAUGACAAAGUAUCAGACUUGGCCGCAAGUAUUGCAGUUGGUUCUUCAAAAAGUGCCUUGCUUGAAAGCCACAAAAAAACAUUGAAUAGCAAGAGGAAACAGACUGCUACAAAGGCUACAGAACUGAGCAAUAGUAGCUGUGACUCCAACAAACUCUUUAAACCACUGAAAGAAACCAAAGUUUCUACACCUCCCAUGAAUACAAUUGCCAAAUGUGAGUUUACAGUACAACCCUCAUUCCAGGCUGAAACAUCUGCUGAAUUAAUGUGUGCGGAAGCUAUACUUGACAUUUACAAAACAAUCAUGCCUUCCCAUGUGGAAAGCAAUGACAGAUCACUUUCUACAAACCCUCUCUUCUCUUCCCAAAAUGUGCCUUCCCACCCUGACAGUGAUAGCAGCUUGGUAGACAGUGAUGAUAGCAUUGAGCAAGAAAUCAGAACCUUUUUGGCUCUUAAGGCACAAUCAGAACAUUUACUGGCCAAACCUGAAAACCUCUCCAAGUCUGUACAGGGACCACUAUUGCCUGAACACAGUAAUCAGGGCAGUAGCCCCAAAGUCCCUCUUUCUAAGACACUGAAGUUAUCACUGUGUUGCAAAAGGAAACUUAAAGGGGAAAGGAAAGUGGUGAAGCAACUAACACCGAAGAAAACUAAAGGGUUAGAAAGAGAGUGCCCACAGGAAACCGAGUAUGGUCAGGUGAAAAUUCAUAUGUUCCAAGAAAAAAAAGAUUUGAGCAGUCAGGAUAAAAUCUGUAACUCUGAAAGCAGAGAGGAUGAGAUGACUUGUCAGUUCCUCUCUUCCAAUUUAGUUGGGCUGAUUGAUGAGCACAUUGCCUUAGAUCUGAGAAGUGGUUUAUCACAAGCCCAUGGUAAAGUAGCACAGGGGAGAAAUUUGGAACAAGAGAGGCCUGGGUCUGGGGAUAAAAGUAGUUCUUUGGACAGUGAUGAAGACCUUGAUACUGCUAUUAAGGACCUAUUAAGAUCAAAGCGCAAAUUAAAGAAAAGAUGCAGGGACUCCAAACCUCACUGUAAAAAAAAGGUUAAGCUUAGUAGCACAGGAACUCAAUUUUUAGAUAAAUUUAAUAAGCUCCAAAAACACUGGAAAGAUAAGAGUCCUCACUUACUGAAAAGCUGCCUCCCGGGUUCUAAAAAAGACAAUAGGGAGAACACAGUAAAGAAAUCUUUGAACACUUGUAACAACAGAACAGAAAGAGGGAAACAGGAAAAGAAGCAAGAGGAUCUACAGCUGGCAUUCCAAUUGGAGAAAAAAAUUUUCUCAAAACCUAUUUUAGUUUCAAACGAUAUGGAAAUCAGUGAAAAUCGGAACUCUGCAAUCAGUACAAUCUCACUGUCUGAUGACAGUAGUUCAGUGGAUAGUGAUGAUAGCAUUGAACAAGAAAUUAGAAAGUUUUUGGCAGAAAAAGCCAAAUAUUCCAUGAGCAGUUCAGAAAUUAAGCAGGGUAGUAUAACAACAGCUCUUGAUAUAGGGGGAGUUUCUAAGCCUGAGAUUGUUAGUGGAAAAGAGAAGCAUCCGUCUGUGGGGCAUCUGCCUGGCUUAUUAUCUAGCCAAAGUCAAAAGAAUAAGAUAGUUUCUCAGAAAGCUGAGGACCUAAAAAUCUCUGAUAAAACUGUAAUACAAAGUGCAAUAAAUAUUUUAAAUGAUGGUAGGAAAAGUACAUCUUGUCCUGGGAAUAUCUACCUCCAUUCUACUUUGGCUGUAAAAACAAAACAUGAGACAGUGACACCUAAAAGUUGUUGUGGCAGUUUAUCUGUAAAGGAAACACCAGUAGAUAAGAAAGAUGUCUGUAUCAAAGACCAAAGUCAAAAAAGUCUCGAACCCACUGAUACAGAAAAUGUUGCCAGUAGGUUGCAGAACUACUAUAUUACUGAUAAUACCACUCCAGAAAAAAGUAGCCCUUUUCAGGGAAAAUGUUGCUGCAAAAGUACACGUGAUCAAAAAUGUGUACCUGAAAGUGAGAGAAAUUUGCUUUUAAACAAUAGACAUUAUGCUCUGCAAAGUGAUUUUGUUCAUGAGGGAGUGUUCCAGAAUAUUUGUGUGCUUCACACAGGAGGUAAAGAAACAAUGCAGAAAGGGAAUCAUAGGAAGGAAAGAGAAAAAAGAUUAAAGGAUCAAACAAAGAGUUCUGCAAAGUAUACAAUAGAUCAUCAGCAAAGUUUACAUUUGGCAGGAUUUCAUUCUCUGAUUCCAACUGGAGUAUUUAAUUUUGGAAAAAGUACAUCUCAAGGUAGCAAACAAACAAGUCUUUUAGAUUCAAACCAGGCAGUCCCUUUGCAGGUGCCCCUCUUCACCUCAUUAAAAGAGAACAAAUUGAGCAAAGAUUCAGGAAUAUUUGGAAGUUCAUACUUGCUUUUGAAAAAGGAAGGGUCUGACUGGCAAAGUAGAAAGACACGGGCAGAAUUAAACAUACAUGAAGUAAAGAAAUUCAGUUCAGGAGGGAAAAUGCUAAAUUUAAGAAAUAGAAGGAUUGUUGAUAAAGAUGCCCAAGAUCAGAAAGUAUUAGAGAAUGAUUCCAGUGAAUUUAAUGGCACCUCCAUAGAGGAAAGCAGAAAUUCAGUGGGAAAGGGAAAGAUCCUAAAUUUGUAAGUAGAUUUUUUUCAUGGUUUUCAUGAGUCUUUGUAUAAAAUAAUUGAGUGUAGAUAGAGAACUAGAACUGCUAAAUAGAGCUCAACAAUUAUUUAGAGAGCUUGGUAUUUAAAGGGGAGAAAGCAGUUGUCUGGAGUUGCUAAUAUGCGUUCACAUGUACAUAUGUAUACUAAUGUGAAACAAAUAUUUCUAUUAACAGGUAUGUCCUGGGUAAAUAUAGAUUUGUAGCAUUUUAUACAUUAUUUAAAGUGCAGUAAUGAAAUUUUUUUAAUCCAGUAGUUAAUUUUCUAGAAUAUGUGUAACUACAGUAUUCUGUGGUCAUGUAUUAUUAUAGAUGGGAAAACACCCAUGUGGAAUUAGUAACUGUGAGGAACCCAAAAUAGACUAGACAAACCUAGGCUUCUCCAGUAAUUACUAACACUGCCAACUUUAAAUAUAUGUAAUAUUUGACUAAUUACUGAUGAAAAUUUUUAGCUAUCAAACUUUGGAGGUCUAAAAAGUCAUUGAUGAGACUCUUUAAAUAGCAAAUUCUUUUGGUGUUUCAGGGCAAAGGUAUCAUGUCAGUAAAACUUCUUAUGGACCAUUUUCUAUCCAAAGUUAAACAGACUUUGGGGACAUAACCUCUUAAAUACCGAUCCCAUUAGUCUCAAUAAACUCCUGAGCAUAUUUUAUGACAACUCUUUCACUAACUUGAAAAAGCUCUCUAUUUCCUCUCUAUUUCAGAGGAUGUGGUGAUCUAUAUUGAUGUAAGGGGACUUCCUCACUUAUUUUUUAUAGGAUUUCCCUCUAAGGAUGAAAUCACAGGUCAAAAAGAGUGUAAGAGGGAGAACUUUUGAACAGUAAAUGUUUCAAAGCACAAGUACAGUUGAACAGUUGUUUGAGCUCUCCACUUUUAAGCUGAGAAAUCCCAAAUAAAAUUAUUUCAGUAGCAGUAUUAUAUCUACCAUACAAUUUAUAUUUCCAAAGUAUGCCUGGUAAAAGUCAUCUGAAGUUUUCUAAUAUAUAAUCUUGUUCUGUAACUGAACAGUUACAAAAUCUAAAUUAACUGCUUUUUGUAUUGGAUCUACUUUUUAAAAUUUUUUAAUAGUGGUUGUAAAAUAUGAAAGUUAUGUAUGUAUUUUAAAUUUCAUCCCUUUCUUGAUAUGUGCAAUAAAAUAAGCAAUGUUUAUAGCUGCUUAGGAAAAUCAAUCACCAAACAUUUAUUGAGCACCAGCAGUGUGCAAAAUGCAAUAUUAGAUAUUGUGGAGGGAUUAAUAAGAAAUGAAAACUCAGCUUUUACCUUUAAAUGAACUUAAAUCUAGUUGAAUAUAGAAAACCUAAAACACUUGAAACACAUAUAACAUGUUUUGAAUAAUUUCCUGGGGCAUUAUGAUCUACUAUCUAUCAAAUGUUUUCAGUGCCCCAAGUCAAUCAUAUGUGUGUAUCUAUAUACACACAGAGGCUAUAUGUAUAUAUUGUCUUGAGAUACACGUUAUACAUCCAUUUAGCGAUCAUUUAAUAAGCACCUUCAAUCUGUAAGGCACUGUGCUAGGUGCUGAGAGAGAUACAGAGAUAACUAAGGCAAAAUCCUUGCCCUCAUGGAACUUACAACCACAUAUGUAAGUAUGUCUUCCUUAUAUUAGAAAUUUCUUUUCAAACCAUAAUUCAGUUGUCAUAGCAAUUGCCUUUCAAAGCUCUUUAUACAGUGAUUGAACCAUUUAAUGAGGGCAGCAGACUUCCAUGAUAAAUUUUUUAAAUGGAGUCAAUGAGAAUUUCUUUGUUUCAUGGUAUAUUCUGAUGGGGUAGUUUUCUGCCAAUGGAUUAUAGACCAUUGAAAUGAGAUAGAAUGGUAUUAGUCAUAUGUUAUUAUAGUGAAAGACAGCGAUUUUUCUACUUCCAUUGUGGGCUUAGGGCUGCAGGGCAUCAACAUGUUAAGACAUUUAAAUUAUGGGCAUUUAUUUACUCAUCAAACUUGUAUUGGUCAACACUAGAUUUUUGUUGUCUGACCAUCAUUUUGCAGAAGAACAUUUCAUUUUUAAAAACUUUUUACCUAACUUAGCUAUGGUGUGCCUAGAACAGUGUUUUGUCCUAAGUUUAGAAUUGGAGUUAGUUGGUAUUUUAAAAUUCAGAUGAGUUUUUCUGUAUGUUAUUUUUCCACAAGUUUAAGCAGUGAUUCAUAUUAAUACCUGAAUAUGAAACAAGGUACCAUUUGUGUUGAAUGUGUCCUUAUUGGAAAAUUUUGGUAAAACAAUUUUAGGAUUGAAAUUUCUAUCUGAUGCUCCAAUUGGUGUCUGUGUGUUUAUAUCUUUUUUUUUUUUUGUAGAAGAUUGGUUCACUUAAGUGCUUCCAAGUAAAAUAUAAACCCAUGUAAUCUGUGCUUUAAAUGUCAUUUCCUUUUUAAAGAGCACUUUUUAAAUUAAAAACAAAAAUCAACUUGUUUUGUAUAUAAGAAAUGGUAUAAAUUCAUAAGUUUUAAAAACUAAUAAACAGGACUGUUC